GUAUAGCUGAUAGCACGCUUCUGAUUUCUAAAAUCUGAUGAGUUGAGAAUCCUGCAGAUGAUUUGAUUGAUUGAUUUCCUGAGGAGUGGGGGAUGUGCCGCCUGUUGGGGAGGGAACACUGAUACCGCGAUAUGACCAUAUUGAGCCUGAGUUGGAGUUCUCCGGCUGCUUUUCCGAACUGUAGCUAUAUGAAUUUAUCUCGCAUGGAAACCAAAUACCCAAAAAACAGCAUUGAAAUGAUCAAGGCAGCACAGAUUGGAGGUAUUUCUUCCUCGCUUGGUCGUUCCUUUACAUCAGCAUCUCUAGGCAAUGGAGGAAUCACAGAUAUCUUCCACAACAAGGUUUUGAUAGCCGCUGCUCUGUCUGCGGCAAUUGGGCAACUUUCCAAACCUUUUACAUCAGCUUUAUUUCGUGGUCAUGAUUUCGAUAUUAGGGAAGCCUUUCAGGCUGGAGGGUUCCCUUCCUCACACUCUUCUACAGCUGUUGCAGCAGCCACCUGCAUUGGCCUGGAAAGGGGUUUCUCCGACGCAGUCUUUGGUUUAGCAGUUGUUUAUGCCGCCCUUGUCAUGUAUGAUGCACAGGGCGUUCGAAGGGAAGUUGGAGUCCAUGGAAAAGUGCUGAAUCAGGUUCUGUUAGAAACUUGUUUGAAUCAAAGUUCCUCCAACGGUGGUGUUCUUUUGACAGAUCAUUUGGAAGCAAAAUCAGCGUCAAAUGUACAGAUUCUUGAAACUUGCUUGCCCAAAGAUCCGAGUUCUUUGGAACCAUCAAUGAAGGAUCAUUACCUGUUUGUUACCUCUGGUGCUGAAAACGAAUCCAAACCGUUCAAAGAUCAUAAGCUGAAGGAAUCUGUUGGCCACUCAGUGAUUGAGGUCAUAGCUGGUGCUUUAUUGGGAUUCUUGGUUAGUUUAGCUGUUUUCAUGAUAUGAUAUGGUGAAGACCUGUGUUCCCUUCAUUUCUUAAGGUAUGUUUGGAUCCUGGGAAAUGCUAGGGAAAGUGUUAAAAAUGAUUUUGACAACCUUGUAUGAAACAUGUGAUCUAAAAGACUUCAGGAAGAAAUGUUUUCUAAAUAC